UUUGUAACCCAGUGGUGCCCGGGAAAACUCGAUGUUCUCUGCACAAGCAAUGACGGCAGCGAGUGCAGUCUAAUACAAUGAACGGGGUAACGCGGGGAACUUGGGAGCAAAGGGCGCGGAGCAGGACGGCCUCAGGCAGCGGCGAGCCGGGCGGCACCAGUGCCACGGGCGGUGAGACAGCCACGCGUUUCCUAGGGGAUCCCUCCCGCCGCGUUCCCUCCGGUUCCCGGAGGGAUCGGCCCCGCUCCCGGCGGGAUCAGCCUCUUUCCCGGCUCCCCGUGCCCCCGGCUGCCGCAGGCCCCGGCGGCCUGAGGGGCGGCGGCCCGGAGAGCGCUGCAGGUGCCGUGUGGCGGCCGCAGCAACGCCGGGAGAAAGGCCGAGAACACGGCCUCGGGCAUUUAAGAUGCUCUUAAAAAAGUUAGGACUGUGCUCACAAACUGACGAUCUGCUCUGCAGAGAAGCCGGAAGAACAUCUCAGUAUCACAUCGCAGGUUUAUUUUAUGAGAUUCUGCAAGAAAGUGUUCUGAUUCUCAGUGAUUAGCUUUGAGUAACUUGUUCUUGCUAAUUAAAAAUGAACCAAAUGAAAUUAAUAUAUCGACCUGCGAUCCCACGGGACAGCCCUCAAUAUUGUUUUGUCUACAAGAACUAAAUAAAAAGAAGAUAAACCAAUUCACCUCUUUUUUAUCCUGCCAGUUCUUCACUUCUGCUUGAAAUGGCCAAGCAAAAUUCUCCAUCACUAGCUGAAGUUGUAAAACGAGUUGCAGAGCAGCAGCAGUCACAGGUGUCAGACAUAGAAAAAAGCAAAACAGUUCUUUUCCAAUUGCAGGCAAAGUGCCAGGAACUAGAAAGAGAAAUGAAUUCUAUUCUGUUAGAAACAAAGACAACAGAAAGGGAAAUACAUCUGCAAGAUGAUGCCAUAGAAGUGACAAAAUAUCGCUGUGAAAAUCUAGAAGCCCAAGUCAGAGCCCUGUAUUCUGAAAAUUUAAAAUUGAGGUGUGAGGCAGAAACAGUACAAGAGGAGUUUGAAAUGAUACUUGCAAGAAAUAAUGAAUAUCGGGAAAAAAUAAAGGAUCAUAAACAUCUUUUUUGGGAGAUGGAAAGUAAAUUGCCAGUUAUGAUUGAACUUGCUAAAAAGAAAGCAGUUGUGGAAGAAUUAAAGGCAAAGAAAGAGGAGUUAAUAUGUGAUCUCCAGAAUCCACAAGGAUAUGUUAUAAAACAAGUGCAGGAAGAAAUCACACUUUUAAAAAGUGAAAUCACAACAUUGAGAGAUUUCAUCAAUAAAAAAAGAGAUCUGUUGGAAGAAGAGAACAAAAAGCAUGCUAAGCUUAGAAAGGAAAUUGAGGUACAGAAUAAGAGAUAUGAUGCUAUAUUAAAACGUUUGCAUUGCCAACUGAACAAAGUUCAGUCAAAUAAAAGACAAUGGCACUGGAACAUUCAGCAGUUGGAGAAGAAGGCUGCAGAACUAAGAAAGUGUCUUGGAGUAGCAGAGUUACAAAACAUCAUGUAACAAACUUAACAAAGAUAUAAUGCACAUAAUCUUUUCCAGGCAGGGGAGUUUUUUCUGGAAAUGCUACAAAUCUUAAAUAGCCUGAUAACUGGGCCAGGCCUCAGUGAUUUCUUUCUUUUUAAUGUUUUUCUCUUUCAUUUUGUGGCUUAAACUAAUAGUCACAAUAAUGAGCUGGCUGUUCAGGAAUAACUUAGCUGUUCAGGAAGAAAGUUACUGACACUUCCAGGUGUUUUCAAAAUAUGUGUCAUUUUUAUCUAAAAAGUUAUUUGAAAGUAAACCAAACAAGAUUUGGGAAGUUCCUUCAUAUUUCAUUUGGUCUCUGAAGGUUGGGAUAUACCCUGCUUUUCCUACAGAGAAAUUAAUAUUGGUAUCUAUUUGCACUCCUGAGACACCAAAGUUCUUUUAUCUUUUAUCCAUAUCCCUUUUUAUUGCAACUUGCUAAGGAACUGGGAAAGCUUUGAUGGCCCGUAUUUUGCUCUGCAGUCUGCCAGGAUGUUUUGGCAUGGGGGCCAAAGGCUGUCCAGGUGUAAAAGGCUUUGGAACAAGUAUGCUCAGAACUGGACUUCAAAUUAUCUGACUUCAACUGGCCUAAUAGAUGUUAGCAAAGAGGAGUGAGUAGUACCACAUCUGGUACCUAUAGCUUGUAAAAUAGAACAAUUCACCCUCAAGAAACAGGAAUACAUUGUAGAUUGAUGAUAGAGGAAUUUAUUGUCUAGAGGAUUUUAACUAAUAUCAGCCAUCUAACAUCUUGGUACUUAAUGAUCUAAGAUGACGCAACAUAAAUGCCAAUGUAUUAAAAAUUCUUGUUAAAACAGUAGUGAACAGCAGCCAUUUCCCUUUACUUUCUUUUUAUUUUUAUAUUGCUUGGGGGGAUUUGAAGAGUUCACAAUACUUUCCUUACUCUUACACUUUAAGGCAGUUGUUCUGCCUCGACAUAACUUGUAAUGUUUAUCUGUUCUAUGAAAGUAGCUUUCUAUUUAAGGUGUUGUCUUGAAUAAUUUAGAUUUACCUUUACUUAUGAAUAUAAAAUGAAGACUAUUGAAGAAUAUAAAAAUUGACUAUUUACUGUGAAAAAUUUUAAACUCCUUAUAUAUUGUUAUCUUAGGGUACUAUUCUUACCUUCAUAUAUUAAUGUAUAUUUACAUUGACCUUAAUAUGUUAUUUCACUUAAUAUAAAGUUAUUUUAAGCAAUAUCCUGAUUCAUUAAGGCUCUCGUUCAACAUUGUUAGUCUCUCAAGACUUUUUUGCUCAGUCUUUUUCCUUUGCAAUAAUAUGAACCAGGCUGCUUUCAUUACAGUAAAAAAGUAGAAAUAAAACCCCCGAUAUCCUAAUCUAUAGUAACAGUAUGUCCUGAAUAUUGAGUCUUACUGUGUAUGUAGCGCAAAACUGUAAGAUUACAAUUGUUUAUCCCUACACAGAGCAAAAUAGCAUCCAUUUUUGGCAUGUGUGUCUUCUAGAAAGGGUCCAGAUCUGAAAAGUUGGAGAAUUUACUGUGUUAUUGUUAAUUUCAGCGAUUAACUGCUCUUCUUCUAUUUUGCAUGAUUCCUAGUUUCCGUUUAUUCAUCUAUCAAAUGAAAUGAGUGUACUUUAUAUCAAGUACAAUGAUAUAAGUAAAAAUACUGAUGUGCUGUCUUCUUGAUGGGUUAAAUAGUUCAAGCCUUUUAAAGAUAUUGAUUAUCAGAUCUGACCAACAGCUUUAGCUUAAUGUAUCUCCCCCAAAGUGGUACAACAUCCAAUAUUUUCAGGGUCAUAAGAUGAUGUACCCUUAGGUAUGCCUUUUACCACUGAUAUUGUCUUGGUUUUAUUUUUAGUUUCUCAUUAGUUCUGCUCCAGAACAAUUCAAAAUAUCAAAAUCUGAUUUGUAUCUUACUUCAACUAAAUUCACUUUGACAUCUGCUACCAUGGUCUAAUAUUACAGUUUAGCCUUGCAUUUAUUACCAGUUGAAAACAACUAUAGCAUACAAUCCAAACCUUCUUAUGUAAGAACAAUAUCACACCUAUGUUUUUCUUUCUGACUAAUGAAGAUGUUCAUUAUUACUUGCCUGGGAAUUAGGACGGUUUCGGCAUUAUCAACACAUGUACAGAAUGACUCACUCAUCUCAAAUAAAUACCUUGGACUUAUAUCUUC